GCAUCAUCAGCCAAUGGCGGGGUAGAGGUGUGGCUUCUUGUCAUUCAGUCUCUGAGAAGCUCAGGGAUUCUGAAGGAAGCAUGAUGCGGAUCAGAGGAAUAGUGAGGGCUUCAGCCCACCUCAGACAGGCACAUUUCUCUUCUUCUGCAGCAGUGCCUCGGACCAAACUUUUCAUCAAUGGACAAUUUGUGGAUUCUGAGACCUCAGAAUGGAUUGAUGUUCACAACCCGGCAACCAAUGAGGUGAUUGGAAUAGUUCCCCAGGCAACACAGAGUGAGAUGGAGGCAGCGGUAAAUGCAUGUCAGCGUACUUUUCCAGCCUGGUCUGAGACUUCCAUUUUAAACCGACAACAGAUCUUUUUACGCUACCAGCAACUCAUAAAAGACAAUCUGAAAGAGGUGGCACGUCUGAUAACACUGGAGCAAGGAAAGACUUUGGCAGAUGCAGAAGGGGAUGUAUUCCGUGGACUGCAGGUGGUGGAACAUGCGUGUAGUGUGACCUCUCUGAUGCUAGGAGAAACCCUUUCAUCACUCACAAAGGAUAUGGACACAUUUACAUUUCGCCUACCUCUGGGUGUAUGUGCUGGCAUUGCACCUUUUAACUUCCCUGCCAUGAUCCCAUUAUGGAUGUUUCCUAUGGCCAUGGUUUGUGGAAACACCUACUUGAUGAAGCCAUCAGAACGUGUUCCAGGAGCCACUAUGUUUCUUGUUCAACUACUGCAGGAUGCUGGCGUUCCUGAUGGGACCAUAAACAUUAUCCAUGGACAACAUGCAGCUGUGAAUUUUAUCUGUGACCAUCCAGCCAUUCGAGCUAUCAGUUUUGUGGGCUCUAACCAGGCUGGAGAAUACAUCUAUGAUAGGGGAUCCCGAAAUGGCAAGAGAGUUCAAUCUAACAUGGGGGCAAAAAACCAUGGGGUAGUUAUGCCAGAUGCUAAUAAGGAGAACACCCUGAACCAGCUAGUAGGAGCAGCAUUCGGAGCUGCUGGACAGCGCUGCAUGGCUCUUUCCACAGCUGUUCUGGUUGGAGAAGCAAAGCAAUGGCUUCCAGAGUUGGUUGAAAAAGCAAAGAAGUUACAGGUUAAUGCUGGUGAUCAACCUGGAGCUGAUCUGGGACCGCUAAUCAGUCCAGCUGCAAAAGAUCGUGUUUGCAGCUUAGUAGAGAGUGGUGUCAGGGAAGGUGCAACUCUAUUGCUAGAUGGCCGUGAUGUUAAUGUGAAAGGGUUUGAGAACGGCAACUUUGUGGGACCAACAAUUCUGGCAAAUGUUCAGCCACACAUGACCUGCUAUAAGGAGGAGAUUUUCGGGCCAGUUCUGGUCAUAUUAGAGGCAGAUACUCUGGAUGAUGCCCUUAAAAUUGUGAACAGCAAUCCAUAUGGCAAUGGGACAGCCAUCUUUACAACAAAUGGAGCAACUGCUCGAAAAUACACUCACUUAGUGGAUGUGGGCCAGGUGGGAGUAAAUGUGCCAAUCCCAGUACCACUCCCUAUGUUCUCAUUCACCGGAUCUCGUGCUUCUUUCCGCGGAGACACCAACUUUUAUGGAAAACAGGGUGUGCACUUCUAUACCCAGCUGAAGACUGUAACUUCUCAGUGGAAGGAAGAAGAUUCCACAUUGACCAGCCCGGCUGUGGUGAUGCCAACCAUGGGACGUUGAUUUGUCUUUCCAACCCAUAUGAUUCUGUUAGGAACAUUACCUUUCUGUAGCACCACCAUUUAUCCAAUGUCUAUCCGACCAUAUCUAGCGUUUGCAUUUUCUUUGUUACAAAAUUAUAGUUUUUUUUUUUGUUUUUUUUAAAUCUAAGUUGCUUCAACAUGCUUAGUGUUUUAAUGUCUGUUGCCCUCUACAGCUUAAGAUUGUCUGAAUAUGAAGGUAGUUCUUGUUUAGUGAAGGGGUACUUUCUAGUACCAGUGUAGUUCCAUAUUGCUGGAUGUACUUAGUACCUAUGGAGUAAUGUAGCCGGGUUUUGCCUAGUACAUACUUAAUAUGGCUAUUAAGUGUGUUGUGCAUCCUAUAAAUGUUGAAUGUUUCACAGAAGCUACUGCCUAUAUGAGGAACACCAUACUGUAGUUUUAUCCAGAUUGUUAUAAGAAGGUUGCUGUGCCCUUAAUGCACUUAUAUUGAACCCUGUCCUGCCUUUUCCAUGUUGUAACUGUCAGCUAGUAAUCCUCUAAUUCUAGGUCUAAAUUAUUGUUCCUAGAAGAUUUCAAUUGUGCCACAUUGUGCACCUCAGUUUUCUUAAUACUUAUAUCUUCUAGGCACAGCAUUACAAUCUGAAAACAUUUUAUUAGGGACUCUCUAGGCAGAUUUAAAUACAUCACAUGAUAUAAUGAAUCGAGCAAAGGCAAAUAACACGGUAAAAGAAGGAACUAUAUAAGCUAUUUGUUUGAUUAAAUCAUGGGCUUAACAGAGCUAAUUGUAUUGUUCAUCCAAUAAAGAUUUUUGCUUACAGAA